GCCUCAGGUAACUGAAAGAGCGCGUGAACCGGAAGUCAUGGCGGAUUAGAAGUCGGUCGCGGCGUCGCCCCGUGUCGCGCGCGCUCACACCCGGACCCGAGCCGUCGUACCGCGCUGUCGCGAGGACACGUCCGCGGAUUAAACAUUACACUCGAGGUCAAACGUCCGACGGGGAGAAAAACAAACAAACAAACAAACCGCUGCACUUCCGGACUGCGUCAUUCCUGCGCGUGUCUAUGCCAUCCUGACGGUACGCAGUGAUGUCAGGCAGUGGCAAAAGCGCCUCUCAGAGGCGGGAGAGGGCAGGAAGUCCGGACCCGGUGUCUGUGCAGAGCGCUAGGACCAACGGCAGGCGGUACGAAGAGCGCUGCGUCGACCCAAUCAGUCCUGAAACCCGGUACCCUGGAGCAGUCCACAAAGUCCAUCAGAAAGAUGCUAAUGGCAACACUACCGAGCCUGAGAGCGUCAGCUUUCUGCCUGGAAAGAAGGAGUCACCGUCUGGAUCCUGCACGUGUGGUCCAUGCGUCUCGGUGAAGAGCUGUAGAACGUUCGCGUGUAGCGUGUUGACGUGUGGACUUUAUCGCAUGUGUAGGAGAAUGCCGUGUCUGCUCCCCGGGGAAGCCCGUGCCGACCAUUCAGAAGUGGUAAGAGCCGCGCCGUCGACGCCCAACGACGAGGAUGACUUUUAUUCUGAUCUUCGCAUCGCUGGCGUCAAAGUGGAUCAAUCCACUCUGAUGGAAGAGCGUGAGUCGGUCUCGUUUAGCCUUCCGAAACCUGACGCGGACAGCCGAAGUGGCAGCAAGCGCUUUAGCGACCUACAAGACGAGGACUUUAUCUACGAAGACACGGAUGAGGACGUUGACUCGCUAAUCACACGGAAGCUGCUCGAGGUCUUCUCCGAGUUCGAGAUCAACGAGUUGGCCAAAUGCACCUCGGACUCCAUGUUCCUGAGGCGUUCGCAGGAGAUCAGCCAGAUCAUCUCGGAUAUCGUCCACGAGCACAAGAUCAAGGAGCAGGAAGCGGAGUGCCGGCUGGUGCGAGAGAUCAUCCGCAUCAGCACACGGAAGAGCAAGAAGAAGACGGCGGCGCUCAGACAGCAGGAGCCCCAGAGGGACAGCGGCAACGACACCUGGAGGAGCAGCAAGAGGAGCAGCAAGAAGAACAGCUUCAACUCCAUGAACGAUGGCAGUCUGAAGAUUUCGGAGGAGAGAUCUGAUGACAUUGAAGCGAGAAAUCUGCGGUACAGCAGUAAGCAGUCAUACAUGCCCAGCUUCCCUGCGUCUCACUUGCCGAGCUCCACAGACACCACACCCGUCACGUCCGACACUCCCUUGCUCUUUCAUGGAGUCAGAGCCUAGACUCGUGUGUGUGUGUGUGUGUGUGUGUGUGUGUGUGUGAGAUGUUUUGUUUUUCUCUCCCCUCGUCUGCUGUGUGGACCUCCGGGACUAUAACAAAGAACAUCUCUGAUCGUCUUCACCCCUUUUACAACUUUGGACUCAUCAAAGCUAGACGCAUUAGACACUAAUGAUGGUUAAAAUGCUAAAAAGUAACGAAUAAUGAAUAAUAAUUGUGGGAAUAAAUAUUAAGAGUUUUGUAUAGCAUUUAGUUUGAAUUGAAUUCAUCAGAAGAACCACUGGUGCACUUUUUCUCCAUAGUGACUGAAGCGUAGUAGCUUCUGCUUGUCCUCUAAGUUCUCUGUCAGCUGUCAGUGCCCAUGUUCCUGACCCUGCUCCUGCACGUGGUAGUGUUCUCUCUCUCUGAGCUCUCAGCACACCUCAUUUCACUAAUCAGCUAAUUAGCAUGCUAAAUUGAAGCAGGAGCGACGGAGCAGGGACACGCCAAUGUGUACAGGACAGACGGGGAAAAUGAGGGACAGAAAGACUGCGUAUCAUUCUCUUAUUGUGUAUUCAUGAAUAAAAUUGUGUUUUUCUUAUCUGUAAUGUAUGAUUUAGUCAUUAGUUAAAAUAAUUUUUUAUUCUCGGAGAACAGUUAGUCUGUCUGGGAGUUCAAGUGAAAUGUGAGUAAUAUGCAAUAGAUCCUUCUGUCUUAAGUGAGUUUUGUAAAUAAACUGUGAAUUAAAUACUAAAGCUGAA